AUGGCCUAUACGGGGUCCAACGGGCUCAACGCCGCGUCGUUUGCCAUGGCGCAAGGCGACGUGGCCUCCAUGUCUAGCUACUUCCCACCCUCGGAAGAUUUUUUUGAUGAGGGCGCACUCUCAUUCCUCGUAUGGGUCUCUAACCCUACAAUGCGAAUGUGCACCGCCCUCACUCACAGGAACAAUAUCACCGCCAAGCCGAAUCAAUUGGACUUCAACCGCUUGAUGGGUGGCCUUGAGGCUUUGCAACGAGCUGCCAGCACUGCUUUCCCCUCUGGUACAGACAUUCCCGUGCCUGACAUUUCCAAGGGCAAAGUCAAACGUGAACCCGCCGAGGCUGUGGGCCACCCUGCUGCUAAAUCAGCACACCUGGCUAUGGGCCACCCUCUGGGUUCAGACGAUCGGCUACCGCAGAAGCGGUCCACCAUGGCCCGCGGCGUGCAACGAGGCGUUGAAGCCACCAAUGCUUCACGAAAACUGUGUGCCAUUUGGCUCAACUCGGACGACAUCAACCAGUGCCGUUUUGCCGUGAAAAACGAUGAAAAGGCCGACAAUCGUAUCCUGUCCAACGUUCAAUCCCAGGGCUACGUCGAGUACAAGGCACGGUAUUGUAAGAAGCGGGGCCAAUCGAGUGGCUAUGGAAGCUUUCAUGUGGCCUUUUUGCCGGUGGAGCGAGCCAUUUAUCCUCUGCAGCGCCUGGGCGCAGAGGAGUCGCAGCAUAUUCCGGCACCGGUAGACGAUGCCGUUCUUUACGACGACCAAGUCAAUGUGGAAAACUUUGAGCGCGUCAUUAUCACGGUCCGGCUUUAUCAAAGUUACCGUGGCAGCUAUCCCACGCGUGUGUAUCGGUUUAGCGAGGACGAAGAAUACCAGCAGCUCUUUGUGUCCGGCUGGCAAGACGCCACUAUGAUGGUGCGCAACGGCAUUGACGGCAUUACAGUUGAAGCUGACGAGAGUGGUGAUUGCAUCCACUACAUCGUGCACAAGCGCAGCUUGUUGGAGCAGUUCAACUCGGAGAAGGGCAUCCAUUUUCCCUGUCCCAUCCCUGCCUCCCCCGAAAAAAUGAACGACAUUGGCAUGCUGCGCAUGCAAGUCUCCGUUACCUUUUACCUGCGCGACUCAACCCCCUCGCCCGAUGCGCGAUUCGUGCAGCAAGGGCUUGAAAUGAACGUGUGGUUGCGCAUCAAAAUUGUCCAGCAGCUGUCGGGGCGCAAAAAGCGCUAUGCUUUCAUGCGCUUGGACGACGAUGAUGAGUAUGACGAUGCGACGCCCUUGGCUUGCCUUCCACCCCGUCCUUUGGUCAAGCCCAUUGACAUGGACGGUGGCAGUUUUGUCCGGUAUACCGUUGGGUCCGAGGGUAUUCGGGGUAAUUCGGUCGUGCACAUGUUGCGUAGUAUUGCCGAUACUGCGGCCAAGACCAUUAUCGAGGAGCAGGCCCUGGGCGAGGACCGCGCCGCCAGCUCCACGGCACUCCAUGCCGCCUGCGCAGAGGGAGACAUUGGCAUUACAUUUAUGCUCUUGCAAUCGCAGCCGACCCUCAUCCACGCCCUGGAUGAGCAUGGCAACACCCCCAUGCAUUGUGCGGCUCGCCACGGUCACAUGCCAAUCGUCACUUUGCUCUUUGAUUCGGGAGCUCGGGUCGAGUGUGUCAACGCUGCUGGCGAGGUGCCCUACGACGUCGCGUCCACCAGCACCGUUCGUGACUACCUCUUGCAGCAGGUGCAGAAGGAGCGUACGCAUGGCUGCAGUAGCCUUUUGCGUGCGGCAGCCACGGGCUGCUGGGACUCGCUCUGUUCGCUCAUCAAUGCGGGCCACGACGUCAACGGCGUCAAUGCCCAAGGCCACACGCCUCUGUUCUUGGCCGUCGAACACAACCAACCCAUCGCCGUGUACACUCUCCUGCAAGCUGGCGCUGACCCGCUUCGUCGGAAUCGCCACGGUCUCAACAGCAUUCACCUAGCAGCCAAGCGCGGUGAUCCGGAGACUCUGGUGAUCCUGUUGCACCACCGCCCCGACGCCACCAAUGAGCAAGCCGCCGAUGGCCGUACAGCCCUUCACUUUGCGGCCGAGCUCGACCACGUUCUGUGUGUUCAAAUAUUGCUCAGCUGCGGUUGCGACAUCACCGCCAUUGACAACAGUGGUGACACGGCCAUGGGUCUAGCCUCGCGCCGUAAAAACCCAGACGUGGAGUUGCUGCUGAUGACGCGUAGCCACCAGCAAAUGGACGAGCGCCGGGCUUCGCAACUCUUCCGCAAGUGCCGCGAGGGUGGAAGCUUGCACAUUGCUGCUAUUCGUGGCGACGUUGCGCUCGCACGCAAGCUGCUGCAGGAAGGUGCUGACCUCAAGCUUCGCGAUUCGCGGGGAAAUACGGCGCUCCAUCAUGCUGCGCGCAAUGGCCGCUUCCUGGUCCUGGACGAGCUCCUCAAUGAAGCCUCUCGGAUCAACGAAGCCACGAACCUGGUCCAUGCUCAAGUGGACGACGGGCGCAAUGCCUUGCACUUGGCUUGCAACAAGGACUCGAUCAGCAGUGCCAUUGUGCUACUGUCUCGGAAGCUGGGCGAUUUGCAUGCCAGUGCGAAGAAUGGUGACACGGCCUUGCAUUCGGCUGCCCGCAAUGGCCAAGUUUGUGUUGCCGCGCUGCUGCUGCUGGGUGGACUGGACCCUCGGACAGCGAACAUGACUGGCAUGACGGCACACCAAAUUGCCUUGGCGGCCCGCCACCCCUCAACCGCUCAGGUCCUCUCUGCAAACACCCGUCAGCUGCAGGAGCUAUCCAAGAUGCUGGCCAACCCGCCAAACUUCCCGGUCGAGACCUCCUUGGAACGAGCUGUGGACCACAACUUGUGCAUUCAUUGGAGUGAUCUUGGCAACCUCCUGAGUCGAAUGUGGCACGCAACGCACAACGCAUGUGUGGUCCUACGCUCCUUUCGUGCCGCGGCCAACGCUUCGGGUCAACGCCGCGGCAGCAAUGUCAAUGGACAACGACACGCCCGGUAG